AUGUUUAGUAAUUAUAUAUAUUUAAUAUUUGCCACAUUUAUUAGCUUGCAAAAAAUAGCAUAUUCUAGUUUUUGUGGUGAAAGUUCUAUUCCAUUUUCAUUUGAAAUUCUACCGAAUGGACAACCCGUUCUAGGUUGUGCCCGUCCAUCCUGCUUUGGUUGGGAUUCUGAUGGAACACCAUUGACAAAUGAUGCACAAUUUUAUCGUAUUCAUAAAAAAGCAGAUGGUUUCUUACGUAAACAAUCAGAAGAUUUCCGUAGAGUUCUUAGUGAUGAAGAUGCUAAAUAUUUUAAACCAAAAAAAGCAAAAUGUUCAAAGGCAUUUGAUAAUGAAAGUUGCCCUGGUGAAGAUGAAUGGAUUGGAGGUAUAGCACCAGCAGCAAAUUAUACAGAACUUCCUUUGGGCAUUCAAUGUUGUACCUAUGAAGGAUUAAAAGAUUCUGAAGAUCGUGGAGUUGCAGUUGUAAAUAUUGGACAAAUAGUUAUUGGUGGAGAGGUAUUUUCAGGAAAACGUCAAUAUGCUUUUGAUUAUAUUAAAGAUAUUCUUAAACAUACAAAUGAAAAUGGUUCAGUUUACUAUGAUGUUUCAAUUAAAAGAAUGAGUUGUUUACCACUUCCAGAUGAAUUAUCAAUUAAAGUUGACAAAAGUGUUUUAAAAGAAUUUGAUGAAAAAUUUAUUGAAAAAGCACAACAAAGAAAUAAAGAAUCAAGAAAUUAUGAUAAAUCAAUUGCAUUCCAAGCACCAAAAUAUGUUCCUGGUAAAGAAGGACUCAUAGAUUCAGAGGCUUCAAGAAAUGCUGCUGAACUUAUUGCACAAGAAUUAACAAAUCAAGAUAAUAUGGCACUUAAAAAAAAUCAAAUUAUAGAUGAGGAAGAAAGUAUGCUAAGACAAAAAUCAGCCCAUGCAGAAGGAACUGCAAUUCAUUCUUUACAGUAUCCAAUCAAUCAAGUAUAUAAUACAGCACCAGUUCAACAACAAUAUUAUCCUGUAACAAAUUAUGGAGGAACAACCGCUUCAGGAACAUGGUGUCCAUCAUUUUUCUGUUUCUCAGCCGAUACCCUUGUUCAAACAAUUGAUGGUAAAUUUAAACCAAUUUCAGAAUUAGAAGUAGGAAAAGAUUGGGUAUUGUCAAGAAAUAAAAGUGAUAUUGUUUAUUCACAAGUAACUGAAUGGUUACAUAGAGAUGAUAAUCAAAAGGCUGAAUUUAUAAAAAUAUCACUUGAUGAUGGUAAAGAAUUAAAAAUAACAGCAUAUCAUUAUAUUUACAAAACAGAAUGUGUAUCUAAUAAAGAUGAACAAGAAUUAAAAGUUAAUGAUAUUGAGAAACAAGCUGUUUAUGCUAAAGAUGUUAAUGUUGGUGAUUGCCUUUAUGUUGUAUCAAAAGAAAAAAAUACUUUUUCCAAAAAAGAAGUUAUUUCUAUUGAUUAUGUAGAUGAAGUUGGAAUAUAUGCUCCAAUGACAGGAACUGGAGAUAUUGUUGUUGAAGGUAUCCUUGCUUCAUGUGAAAAUAUUGUUCAUAAUACUGCCAUGAGAAGUAGUUUCUACCAAUCAUUCAAAUAUUUUGCCGAUUUUAUUCCAAACAUAUUUAAUAAGAAUGAAGAAUCUAAGACUGUCAACCUUCCAUAUGGCUUAGAAUUGGCGAUACAAAUGAUGAACAUCGUCAUGCCAAAAGAAAUUUUCUCCUAUUAA